CAUUCAGCCCUGUGCCUGACACCACACAGCUGCAGAGAUGAAUAACCAAGGAGUUACCUACGCAGAACUCAGUCAGGUUAAGGGUUCAAGAAGACAGCAAGUGAAAGCUAAGGGCACUAAAAGUGGCAUUUCGGGAACUGAGCAGGAAAUAACGUAUGCAGAAUUAACUGUUCAAGAUGCUUUUCAGGAUCUUCAAGGGAAUGGCAAGAACUACCAAUGGAAAGGGAAGGUCAUUGCUGGGAUCCUGGGAAUCAUCUGCCUUGUCUUGAUGUCCACUGUGGUCACAACAGCCAUUAUUCACUCUUAUCAUUGUGGUCAUUGUCCAAAAGAGUGGGUUACAUAUUCCAAAAAUUGCUACUACAUUAGCACUGAAAGAAAACCAUGGAAUGAGAGUCGGUUGUCCUGUGCUAAUAAGAACUCUAUCCUGCUCUCCAUAGAGGAUGAAGAGGAAAUGUAUUUGUUCAGCCUCUUCAGUAAUUCUUCAUGGAUUAGUAGAGAUUCCCAGAACAUCAGUAUUAAUUCAUCUGUGUGGCCAAAAGUCUCCACCUCCUUUCCUAAAGUGUCAUCAGUUUCUUCAGAGAGUAACAAGAAGUGUCCCUUUUUCAACUCUGACUCAAAGAAAACUUCUUUCAAAUCCUGCUUGGAUCAAAAAAUAUACGUUUGCAAGCCCUGGGCAUUUUAG